AUGCUAAAAUGUGAUGAAGGCGUCAAAAGCAAAUAUUCAAUAAAUUUAACGUUGAAAUUCCACAAAAUGAUUAUUGCUGAUUUGAAAAGUUUUCAAAUGAGCACUGAGCAGAAAAGUUAUCUGAAGAUGACAAAUAGUGUGCACAAUAAAUUGAUUGAUAGGGUUUUGGUACCAACCAAUGCUGAUUCAAGUUUACGACACAGUUUCAUGGAAAUUACUCUUCUGUUGUCCAAGUUCGUGCAAUAA